ACGACUUAUCAAACAAAAAUAAGCGUUAUAUAGUCUAUGGGGAGAAAUGUGAAAGCUAUACAUGUAAGUUUGUAGGAGUUUAGUGGCGGAAACGUGCGUGCUGCACCCCUGGACGUCAUUGCGUGUUUGGACUGUUGAUGUCACGACUGCUCGUCACGAUAUUACUUCCAUAGUGACAGCUCCAUCAUUGGGACGCUCUGUCGGGCCGGUGGGUGUGUGCUGCGCCAGCGUCUGGGCUGAGAGGUUUGAGGCCACCUGUUUGCAAGACAAAAUGCCAGGGAUUUCAGCACCAACUUAGUCAAGUUUCAACUAAAGAUUGGUUAUGGCACCACUACAUCCUAGCAAGAGAACACAGAUGAGGAGAUGAUCAUCUGCAGGAAUUCAAGGGUUGCAAGAGCCAGAUCCCAACACAGAAAGUCUUCACCUGAUGGAAGAGUAAUUUCCCAGCCUUGCCAUGACUUCUCAAGCAGCGCUGGACAGCACAUACAUCUACAAUGAGACAAAUGCGAUACACUAGGAGAGCAAAAUGGGACCGUAUGUUAGGAACGUUGGCUGUAGUCACGGUGGGAUACUUGUGUCUAUUCUUCAGCAUAAGCACUGCAACAGAUGAAGGAAAAAGAGACAAGCAGACAAUGGUGGCAAGAUGUAACCUUCAAGUCCAGAACUAUUCUGUCCACUAACUCCACUUCCAACAGUAGCAUUAGCAAUACCACUGAAGAUCCUAUCAGGAAAGGAGUUUAUCCUCCCGAUUUUGACCUGGCUGCCCGCAGGAAUGGUGCUGUUAUCUUACACAUUUUGGGAAUGAUGUACAUGUUUGCUGGCAUGGCAGUGGUUUGCGACGAGUUCUUUGUCCCUGCCCUGACUGUAAUCGUGGAAAAACUGGAGAUUUCGGAAGACGUUGCAGGCGCCACAUUCAUGGCAGCUGGGGGCAGCGCACCAGAGUUCUUCCUCAGCCUUUUUGGCGUCUUCUUUGCCACGGGCAACGUUGGCACGGGGACAAUCGUGGGAUCUGCUGUUUUUAACAUCCUUUUUGUGAUCGGGGCAUGUGCAGUCUUUAGUAAGGAGGUUUUGACAUUGACUUGGUGGCCAUUGUUACGAGACACCUGCUUCUACAUUUUGAGCCUCGGUGUCCUCAUCCUGUUUUUCCACAACGGGGAGAUCCUGUGGUGGGAAAGCUUGUGUCUGCUGACGAUAUAUGUGCUUUAUGUGCUCUUCAUGAAGUAUAGCAACAGCGUGGAGAGGACACUGAAAAACUUGCUUAAUCCAAACAGAGUCCACGUGGUUGUCAAGGAAGGACAGAGGGAAAGCCAGCAUUUCAAUUUUCCAGCCUUCCGCAGCAACUCUGGGCUGUUCCGCCAUGGGGCUUUACAGCUGCUCAUCCACACCAUUGAUCCCAUUGGUGAAGCUAAGAUCUCAGACAAGGCCAUGGCUUUGUACACAAUCACCAAGGUGCAGGUCAUGAUGGAAAAUGAGGUUGGACAUGUUAAGUUGACAGGUGACCCAGAAGUCACACCCCUCAACAAGACCAGCAACAUGGCCACCCUGACUGUGAAGACCCUGGGGGUCACCAACCCUGCAUGUGAUGCAUCGGACGACUCAGACAGACCCAGUACAUCUCAGGAGAAUCUGGACAUGUCAGAAGACAGCCGGUCUGUUCCACUUGGGGAAGUGGUCCGACACUGCGGGGACAAACGUCGACAGUCAUCCUCCUCUGUUUCAUCUCAGGAUGGUUUAGCCAAGAAGAACGGCACAGUCAGGAAUGGGGUCACCCAGGAUGUAGAAGCAACAGAGAGAGAUGAGGAAAGUGAGGAGGAUGAUGAGGAGAAGGAGGAACCGUUGGACCUGAGCUGGCCUGACUCCUGGAAGAAGAGAGUAUCGUAUGUCAUCAUGUUCCCCCUGGUGUUCCUCAUGUGGGUUACCCUGCCUGACGUCAGAAAACCUUCUGCUCGCCGUUUCUACCCCUGGGGCUUCUUGGGCAGCAUUAUCUGGAUCUCCAUCUUCUCCUACCUAAUGUUGUGGUGGGCCAAUCAGACAGGUGAUACCAUGGGCCUUAACAUAGAGGUGAUGGGCCUGACAGUGCUGGCAGCAGGGACGAGUGUUCCUGAUCUCAUCACCAGUGUCCUGGUGGCCAGGCGGGGCUUCGGGGACAUGGCCGUCUCCAGUUCCAUCGGCAGCAACAUUUUUGACAUCACAAUCGGGCUGCCUGUUCCCUGGCUGCUGUACUCCUGUGUGUAUAAUGGCCGUGCUGUAGACGUGAACAGCCGCGGCCUGUUCUGCUCCAUCCUCAUGCUGCUGGCCAUGCUGGUCUGUGUCAUCACCACCAUCGCAGCCUGUCGCUGGCGCAUGAACCGCUCUAUGGGCAUCAUCUUCUUCACCCUAUAUGUCGUCUUCAUGGUCCUCAGUGUUCUUCUGGAAUUAAGCCUCAUACAAUGUUUUGUGUAAGGAUCGUUUAAUGAUAGAAGUUAUCAGUAAUAUUGGGGUGCCCAAAACUAGCAUACACUCUGUCCUGGCAUGCAUGUUCCCCAUGUGUAAAAUACUGAACUUUAGAAACGUAGACAUGUCUUAAACUUUGUCCUUUUCAAACCUAUACAGUCAUCAAUAUUAUAUGAAGCUUAUUGGUUGCUAUGGGUGCAGCAGGCCUUGAUGUGCAAUUUUCAACCACUGCAAUACUUCUCUUUUGGAAGAAAAAUUUACUCUCUACAUACAGGUCUAUUUUCUAAUUUAAAUUAGUAGGGCUAAUAACAUACAAGAUGUAUCACAACAAGAUAAUCAUGGAAGGAAGAAGACAUAACUAGGAUGGUAUAUUACAUAGCCAUGUGAUGCGUAAGGCAGUCACACAUCAGUGCUGACAUUCAGUCGUGUCUGGUCAGUUGAUCGCUGUUGGAAUGGAACAAACCACUGUUGAAAUGGAUAAAAUCCAAAAUGACAAUGUUGAACCUUCUCGCUGAAUGAUGUUCAUAACAUAGACCAGACCAAAUUCAAGUUGAGAUUAGCAGUCAGUAACGUUACCUGCUGUGGUCAGAAAGUGAACUAAGCAACUAGGCUUCUUCUGGUUGGGCUGUGUCAUACUGAUUGUGUUUUGGCAUAUGGAAACAAUGAAAAAUACUUUAGUCUGUCACCAGUGAUCCAACCUCAUCCUGCAGUACCAGGGGUGGAAGAUACAUGUCUCUUCUGAGUUUCAGCAAAUCCUGGCUGCUUCAGCCACCUGUUAUGUUCUGCCUUAGAAUUUGAAGGUAUAUUUACCAUGAUGGCUGUUACUUUAGUUUGGGAGUUAAUGGAUUGUCUUCUCUACAGCCACAGGAAUUUUUUCUGUGAAUUAUAAUCAAAACAUAUCAAUCAUUUUAUUUAACAAAAUGGAGGACAGGUAGAGAUGGAGAGAGGCCAAAUAUUAUGGGUAAGUGGAAAACAAUUUUGACUCUACUACUAGAUGAGACUGAUAAUCCUUCAGUUGUGGGUCCGAUCCUGUGAAACACGCACACAACAUCAGGAAACUGGGAUUAUGGAAUUAAAUGUGACCCAAAUGGCACAAAAGAAUGAUUUUGAUUGUGACUCCAACUUUAUCACUACAGUAUAGUGAUUUUCCACUUCUCCCUGUUCCCCUUUGCAGAGUUUGCUAGAUCCUGCUAUAUGCUGCUGUAGUGGUUGUGUACUCAGUUCCUCAUUAAGUGCUGCUACUGUGGAUUAUUCUGAUAAAGAGGCUUGUUGUAUAUAUAGGGACUUGUGUGCAAAGAAAAAAACUUUCUGGGUAUUAAGUUCCAGAUGUUUUAUUGUAGAACAUUCCAGCAUGACAAAGGGACAAUCAUAACUUGUACAGUCUUAAAACAGUAGAAGUGUACAAAUUGUUACAAUCAUACAUGAGACUAGAUGAGUGUAUAUUUCUGCUGAAUACCAACAUCCGUCCUAGAAUGUAUAUUUUUGAACCACUGUUGUAUAUUUAUUGUAACAUAUUAUAGGGAGUUGUAACUCUGGAGUGCAAUUAUGUACAAUUCUCAGGUAGUGUAAACAAGGACAAGUGUCACUCUUCAAAUUCGCAGACAUGCAAAUUAGAGUAAAUAUUAUCAAAGUGUAACGUUAUGCCUGUACUUAGUACAAUAAUGUUCUGCUUUUGUAUGAAUUGUCGACCUGUUACACAAUGUUGUAGAAUGGCUUUUCUUGUGCUAUUCAUGUACUUGCUAGCAACUAGUUACAGCACAAACACUUUGCCAAAAGUAUAAGCCACUUUUGUUCUUGUAACUAUUGUAACUCAUUGUCCUGGGAUUGGCUCUCUUAAAUGUGUAAAACUAUGUUUCUUAGUGUAUUAACUGUUGUACAGAAAAAUAACUAAAGAAGUUUUUUCCUCAUGGGU